CCUUAUUAUUCGUUAAUGCUUUCAUCGGUUUUAUUGAAGAAGCUCGUGCUGAAUCCGCUUUGGAUGCUUUGAAACAAACUCUUGCUUUAAAGGCUAAAGCUUGGCGUAAUGGUCAAUUUGUCGAAGUUGAUACCGCUGAACUUGUCCCUGGUGACGUAAUUGGUCUUCGUCUUGGUGAUAUUAUUCCCGCUGAUGCUCGUCUUCUUGGUAUCUCGGUUACUGGUGGUGAAACCGAAGGUACCCUUGCUAUCGAUCAAUCCGCUUUAACUGGUGAAUCUCUUCCCGUUGAAAAAAAGAAAGGCGAUACCGUUUAUUCCUCUUCUAUAGUAAAACAAGGUCAAAUGUUGGCUGUCGUUACAAAAACUGGUUCAAAUACUUUUAUAGGUCGUGCCGCAAAUUUAAUUUCAAUAACUGUAGAACAAGGUCAUUUUCAAAAAAUUGUUAAUGCUAUAGGAAAUUUUUUGAUUUUGAUCACUGUUGUUCUGGUUAGCAUCAUUUUCUUCUAUCAAAUGGUCGUUUUCCGUAAUACUCCAAAAGGAAACAUUUUUGAGGUUCUUGGUCAUGUCUUGGUCCUUACCAUCGCUGCUAUUCCCGUCGGUCUUCCCACUGUUUUAUCCGUCACAAUGGCUGUUGGUGCUAAACAACUUGCUGCUAAAAAAGUUAUUGUAAAACGUCUUACCGCUGUUGAAGAAAUGGCUUCUGUAUCAGUUCUUUGUUCUGACAAGACUGGUACUUUAACUCUUAACGAAUUAACUUUUGAUGAACCUUAUUUAUGCAAUGGUUAUUCAAAAAAUGACAUUCUACUUUAUUCUUAUCUUUCCGCUGAACCUGGUGCUAAUGAUCCUAUUGAAUUCGCUGUGAGAACUGCUGCUGAAAGAGAUCUUGAAAUCCUUCAAAAUCGUCUACACCAACACGAAGUUCCUGGUUAUAAAGUUACCGCUUUCGUUCCUUUCAAUCCUGCAACUAAAAUGACUAAUGCAACUGUCGUGAAUCUAAAUACAAAUGAAGUUUUUAAAGUUGCUAAAGGUGCCCCUCAAGUUAUUAUUAGACUUGUCGGUGGUGAUGAUGCUGCUGUUCGUGCCGUUAAUGCUUUGGCUAUUCGUGGUCUUCGUGCUCUUGGAGUUGCUCGUACUUAUCCUGAUAAUCCUGAUACUUAUAAAUUGGUCGGCAUGAUUUCCCUUCUUGAUCCUCCUCGUCCUGAUUCUGCUGAAACUAUAAGACGUUGUAAUCAUUAUGGUGUGGAAGUAAAGAUGAUUACUGGUGAUCAAUUAAUCAUUGCUAAAGAAGUUGCUCAUAGACUUGGAAUGAAUAGAGUUAUUCUUGACGCAAAUCAUUUGGUCGAUCCUAAUAAAAGUGAAGAAGAAGUUACUCAACAUUGUGAACGUGCUGAUGGUUUUGCUCAAGUUAUUCCUGAACAUAAAUAUCGUGUUGUUGAACUUUUACAAAAACGUGGUCUACUUGUUGGUAUGACUGGUGAUGGUGUUAAUGAUGCUCCUGCUUUAAAAAAAGCAAAUGUUGGUAUCGCUGUUCAUGGAUGUACUGAUGCCGCUAGAUCUGCUGCUGAUAUUGUACUAUUGGCUCCUGGUCUUUCUACUAUUGUUGAUGGUAUCAUGACUUCUCGUGCUAUUUUUCAACGUAUGAGAUCAUACGCUUUAUAUCGUAUAACUUCUACC